CGGGGGCGGUGAUGAAGAGGAGGAGCAGCUGGUCUCGGUUCAGUCUGUCGCAACGUUUUCUUCUCUUUGUUUCACAUGGAAAGUUCUGAUGGACCCGCAGGGAUCCCGUCGAACCGGAGCGCAGCGGGACUAACGGCGAAUUAAAGCCGGCGGAGCAGCGCAGCGGGACGGAUCGGAGCUGACAGGCAGCCGCUGUUCGGAUCAGAACCCGGAUCAUGGUUCGGUAAGACGGGCCAACUCUGGAAACUUUUUCUGUUGUCUCCAUGGAGACGGAAGUUUUUCCCGCCCGCUGAGGAGUUGAUCAGUCUCUGAUCGAGUAUCGAUUCUUGGUAUUGAUCGUGUAUUGAUCGGCGGGAUGGCCGCGCGCCCGCUGCUGCUGCUGCUGCUCGUGCUCUGGACCUGCGGACACGCCAAGAGCGCGUUCCCUCUGCGACCUUCCUACAGCCUGUACACCGGCGGGCACGCGCACACUCACGGAACGCGCGCGGCAAGCAGACACAGGAACUGGUGUGCAUUCGUAGUGACUAAGACGGUGAGUUGUGUCGUCGAAGACGGAGUGGAAACCUACGUGAAGCCGGAUUAUCAUCCCUGCAGCUGGGGCAGCGGACAGUGCAGCCGGGUGGUGGUAUAUCGGACCUACAUGCGGCCGCGGUACAAAGUCGCCUACAAAAUGGUGACGGAGAUGGAGUGGAAGUGUUGCCACGGUUACAGUGGAGAGGACUGCACCGAUGGUCCUGCAGGAACCCAGAUGACCUCGAGACCAAGACUAGGACCAGGACCAGGGACGAGCUAUGGACCGGGGGAAGGAGGCGGUCAGGGGGGAGGCUAUGGGGGAGGUAGUUCUGGAUCAGGGGGAAACAGCAGGCGAGCAGAGAAUGAAAAGAUGAGGCAGCUGGAGGAGGAGAUCCAGAGUCUGACGAAGAACCUGCAUGACCUUCAGUCCACCCUGAACACCAUGAACGAACGCUUCCAGCAGGAGGUCAACAAACCAGGCUUCAGCAGAGGAGGAGAGGCCUCUUCAGGGGGAAGAAACCCGGCCGAUGCUGCUCAGCCGGAGAUUAAAGAGACGAUUCACAGCAUCCAGACCAAACUGGACCAACUGGACAACCGCACGCAGGCCCAUGAUAAAACCCUGGUCAGUAUCAACAACCACCUGGUAAAUGGGAAAGGGAAUGAGCUGGAUGGAGGCGUGUCUGGAGGAGGACUUAGUGGAGGGAAGCUGAACUCCCUGAAGGAGGAGAUCCUGAGGGAGUUGGAGAGGAGAGUGUCGCUGUCUUGUUCCUCCUGCCAGGCCGGAGUGGAAGAUCUGCGCCGACAGCAGCAGGAGGACCAGGAGAGGAUUCGAGCUUUGGAGAAGCAGCUAAAUGCCAUGGAUGUUCAGUAUCGGCAGAACUUGGACGGACUGCGGCGGGAGGUGGUGCGUUCACAGGGAUGCUGCAACAACAUCAGUGACCUCCAAAACCGCAUCACUGACGCUGAACGCAAGAUCACCUCUGCCUCAGAGAACUUUGAUGUUCUACUGAACCGUGUGGACAAGGGGCUGAGUGAACCUGGCGGGUCGAGGGGCGGAGGUUUGGCCGGUGGCGGUGGAAACGGUGGACAGAGUUGGGACGGGUCGGUGACGCAGGACGGCCUGGACGAUCGGCUGAAGGACCUGGAGCAGCGCAUCAACAACACGGUGCAGCAAACUGAGCAGAGCUGUUCCUACCUGGAGAAUGACCUGAAGGACUACUUCCAUAGAGAACUGGGGGACCUGAGGACCGUGUUCCUGGACCGGUUCGAUGAUCAGGCCUUUAGGAUCGCAGAUGUGGAGAUGGAAGUGGAACAGGUCAAGACCAAGGUGAGCAACCAUGACAAGAAGCUGUCCGAGCUGGAAAACAACACCUCUGUCGUGAACCGGAGGUUGGAGGAAUGUAGCUGUGGAGGGUCUGAAGGAGGAGGAGGAGAAAGACGAGGAGAUGGAGGUGGAAGGUGGGAGCCAGGAGGAGGAGGAGCUACAGGAGGAGGAGCUACAGGAGGAGGAGGAAGUACCGGAGAUUUAGGGGGGCGGACUACAGGAGGAAGAGCAGGGGCUAAAGGAGCUAGAGAGGGAGGAGCCAUUGAUGGAGGAGGGGGUACCUGGGAAGGGGGUGUGGCUACAGGGGGAGAGAGUGGGAAACAUUGGGGAGGAGGAAGCAGGGAGGGUACAGGUGGAUGGUUACCUGGGACAGGAGGAGAAAGAGAAAAUACAACAGAGAAAUCUCUGGAAUGGAGAGUGGUGGCCAACGAGGAUCAGAUCCGACAUUUCAACACUCGACUCAAAGACCUGUCAGUGUCCGGAGACUCUCUGUACAACAAGGUUGUGGACCUGAGCCACGACGUCCGUAAGAUCAAGGCUCUGACUGGAGAUCACGGAGAACACUUCAACCGAAUUGUGACGGAGGUGGAGAUGUUGGGGCAUGACUGCGAUUUGUGCAGAAAAGUGGAGAACGAGCUGUGGACACUGAAGAAUCAUUCCCAGGAUGCACUGGGGCGCUUGCAGAGCCACAUCAACAGGAUCCAGAUCAGGCUGGACUUGGAGGGAGAUGGUUCGAACCUGCAGGACCAAGUCCGCCAACUGCGAGAUGAUGUCAGGAGGUGCAUGGGUCAAUGCAAGAGCAGUCCGGACACAUCAACAGGUGGUGGUACUGGUGGUACCAGUGGACACGGCCCCAGGUUGGAUGCUGAGAAGCCUUUGGACGGCCACAGUGUGAUUGGAGGCUCCAUCAACAACAACCAGCUGAAGACGCUGCAGGGCGAACUGUCCGAGGUCAUCCUCACCUUCAGCUCCAUCAAUGACACCUUGAAGGGUCUUGAACACACGGUGCAGAAACACGGCAGCGUGAUCACUGACCUUGGGAACACCAAGGACAAGAUCAUCUCUGAGCUGGACAAGAUCCAGCAGGAGGUUACGGAGCACAUCGAGGAGAGCCGAGACCGCCUGGACAAGAUGGAUCGCGAUGUCCGGCGGUUCGAGAGCACGCUGCUGGUGGAGAUGGGAGACUGUAGGAGGUCUGGAGAUGGGCUGGAGAAGAGGCUGUCGAAGCUGGAGGGAGUCUGUGGGAGGCUGGACAGUGUUUCUGACUCCAUCCACAAGAUCAAGGAAGGGCUGAGCCGGCACGUGUCAAGUUUGUGGACGUGUGUUUCUGGUCUGAAUGAGUCGGUUAUCCAUCAUGGAGGAAUCCUGGACUUUAUUCAGAAGAACCAGGAUGAUGUUCACAGCAGGAUGAAGAACCUGAACUCCAGCCUGAACCAGGCCUUUAAAGAGCUGCAGAGUUUCUCCGACCAUGACCUGACAGGCCUGCCUGGACCUCCAGGACCCCCAGGAGAGAGAGGUUUCAAUGGACUGCCAGGCCCCAGAGGGCCCCCUGGACGACCAGGAGACAGUGGUGCCCGAGGCCCGCCAGGUCCUAAAGGUGAAACAGGUCAUCCUGGUGUUGAUGCUCAUGUUCCCAGACUGUCGUUUUCUGCUGCCCUCACCGUCCCCAUGGACAGAGCAGGAACCAUUGUCUUUGACAAGAUCUUUGUCAACCAAGGAGACUUUUAUGACCCAAAAACAGGUAUUUUCACCGCCCCAGUAGACGGACGUUACUUCUUUAGUGCCGUCCUCACGGGUCACAAAAACGAAAAGAUUGAAGCGGUCCUGUCAAAGUCGAACUACGGCAUGGCCCGGGUGGACUCAGGAGGCUACCAGCCUGAAGGCCUGGAGAACAACCCUGUAGCAGAGGCUAAGAUCACUCCGGGCUCUCUGGCUGUCUUCAGCAUCAUCCUGCCUCUACAGACUCGAGACACGGUGUGCAUCGACCUGGUGAUGGGCAAACUGGCCCACUCUGUGGAGCCCCUCACCGUCUUCAACGGCAUGCUGCUGUACGAAGAUAUGUGAUGCUCCAUAGCAACGUCUGAGAAACAAAGAGGCCAGAGGAUCUAACAACGCUGUUUAAGAUUCAUGACCAACUCACAGGAGGCGGGCCAAUAAACUAUGAUGUCACUUCUUCAUUCAGGAACGAUCCAUUGACAAAAAGAUGUAUUCCUUCAUAUACUACACUGUCUACACAGGGACCUGCUGGACUUGUUUUUCUGAGGAGGCUGCAGAUCUCUUCCUGUUUGGAGACUUUAAACGUGGUUACACCAUCUGAUGUCAGCACUGUGAGAACCAAUGAUCAGCUGACGCUUGCCAGACCUGCUUUGUUUAAACAGCCUGUGAAAGUACGCAAGCUCUUCAUUGUGAAUUCUAAAGGGCCAUUAGCGCCCUCUAAAGGCUGCAGAGGUCAUUACACAACAAUGAACAACCCCAAUGAUUUAUACUGUAUACUAUUAGAUCAUUUUCAUCUCUCUACCCAAGGGUGGUGCUACACCAAAGUUUGUAGAUUAUUCAAAUUUAAGAGCAGAAAUGAUAUCAGGGCAUUUAUUGAUCUUCUGACCAGUUGAUGUUUAGAUAUCUGUUAAUGAAUAUCUGAGUAGAUAACAGUUGUCUUGUAUAAAGUUUGGGUCCCCCUUCUGAAAAUGAGCUUUUCAUCAAGUGUUUAUGCACUGUUUAGAUUCAUGUAAUGACCUUGAAUUAAACAGUAUUUAGUUAGCGCUUAUCUCCCCCAUGAUCAAAUGAUCCCAUGAUAUCUCCCCAGUCUGUGCAGUUUUUCUGCUGGUAAACAAAUCAGAAUAUUUCACUGACAUGCUGAACAGUUGGCAAACUGUUCUUUUCUUUUUACUGCCUUCUGGUGAUUGUGGCCACGGGACUCAUUUUGAACUUCAUCCAUCUCCAGAAUCGCUGCGUCUUAUCCAGGUGUUACUCUGCAGUGUCUUAUCCAGGUGUUACUCUGCCUCCUCAGGUAAUAACCUGAGGUUAUUUGUGCAUCAGUCAUCACCACUAUUGUCAGCUGAACCUUCCUGCAGCUCUUGUAGUCAGACAGACAUGCUUUGCUUUGUCUUUCUGUCCCAUUGUUUAACCUCAAUGUCUUCUAGGCAUCAUGAGUUACCUUCAUUUUGAGAUCCUCAGUUACUGAGUGGAACCAAUGGAAUUCAUGAUCAGCAGAAAUCUCCUAAUGAUUUUUGACUUUCAAGUCUGAACAAAUCAGGCCUCAUCAAGUUUAUGAGACCAAUUGUUAUUGAUUCUCUCACUGUUGGAUAGGGUUUGAUAUCCGUGAACAAAUACGUGACUGUGGAACAAGGGACUGGACGGACAGCUCAUUGUCCAACCUUUACCCUGUAGAUCAGAUGUUGCCAUGGCAACACGUGACACUGUGACUUGAAAUCAGUUGAGAAACAAAGAAAGCUUUUGCUCUGCAGCUUUCUACAAACUGUUUGUGACGGACAUGAGUUAACAUCAUGAAUGUUUUUCCAUUAAGCUGCACUUUUUCUUGCUUUAUUGGGGUUUUUAUGUUCUACCGAAUUUUAAUUCAUGACUGCAAAUUGUCACAUUAAUGGAGAAAUGUUAAAAGACAAGGCAGGCAGCACUCCAUAUUUUCUGACUAUCAAUGAAGUCCAUUAAAAAACCAGUGUUGGAAGAAACAUUUAGACACUUUACUAAGUAAUAAGAUCAUGCUGUGGAAAUCCUGAGUUACAAAGCCUGUAAAUGAAACUGUCUGCCACAGAAGAAUGAGUGAUGAACCCCACAACACCUAUUAGCAGCUAGUACAGUCAGUUUGAGUCUAAUCAUGGGUUGUGAUGAUAUUGAUGAUACCCUAAUAAUCAGUCUUGUCAGACUUUUUGUUUAUGACUAACAUGAAGCACAUCCAUGGAAGGAUGGACAACACACACAGUCAGAUGUUCCAUCUGAUGACGGUGUUUGCGUUGAGGAUAACUGUGAUUAUUAAGACAACUGCCUGAGAAGGACAUAUGAAUCUAGUAUUUAAAUGUUUUCAUAGCAUAUCAGUAAUGCAUUCAACAGCUCCAUCUGUCUCAAUCUUUCAUGAGACACUGAAUGUGCUGCAAGGACGUGUAAUGGUUUCACAUCAGGAACCUUUUUUGUCACAACUGUCUACAGAUGAACUUAUGAACUUGUGUUAAAAAUAUUUCCAACACUUAUACUGUAUCAUUAACACUGAGAGAAAGAGAUGUGAUGGGCAGUCCUCCUUCCUCGGUGGAUUUAGAAACUACUCUGUAACAGGCAUCUCUCAUGUACACUUUUGUAUUGAUAAAUAAUUUUCACUGUAAUUAAAGAAAAAAAAAGUCAA